AUGCAGCACCAUGUGGCCGAAUCCGAUACAGUUCUUUCUGAAAGUUCUUCAUGGAAUGAUUCAGAAAACUCUGUGAUUGAUGACAUGUUUGAUCGACUCGCAGUGGCAGUGCAAGGGCUGCUCGCCACAAUGCGGGAUGAACAACGGCCUUACACGGGCUCUUUGUGCACCAGACGACUUCAGGAUCGUAUACAGCGGGCAUUUCCUGUGGAGUAUAGGGCUGUUGUUGACGGUAUUUAUCAAGGCUCAUGGGAACAAUAUUUGAAGGAAAAAGCGGUCGUUUUCUGCUUUACUCAGAAACGGGACAUAAAAAGACCUAACAUUGAGUGGAUGAUAGGGCUUGGAGCAAUGCGGUGCUAUUUUCUGUCGGAGGAUAUUGAGCUUGUGAAUGACAAUGAUGAGCUGCUGGGGUGUUUAGUGCGCGAUCAUUGCAGAGGGAGCUUGGAAAAUAACUGUCGUACCAUUCUCAUGGAGUUGUUUUCCGCGCUUAUCGGUACAGAACCUGUCGAAGAAGAAGAUGACAAGACAUCUUCAGUGGCAGAGUAUGAGCUUGGCAGCUUGGUGCUAUGGAGGCCUGUUCUGAGGAAGCUGUGGCUGCAUCCGAUCAAGGGCAGAAGGGUGCCUCUUCGUGAUCUGGAGCGCCCGUGUCAGCAGCUUGGUUUUCACAUCCGGCUAAGGUGCCGCUGGGCGACGUACGUUGGCAACAAUCUGUUGUUGAAGUACAUUCAUAUCUGUGUACUCCGAGUGUUGCUGAACGUCGUGGGACCUCCCCUGCAGCCCUCCAAGGGCAACCAACAGGAAGACACAGAGGGCACGCUGAUGGUGGGGUUUUCAGAAUCACUUGGAAACUAUAUUGUGUCACUUGAAAAAACGGAUAUGUGGGGCAGAAUACCUCCCAUUCCGAGGAAUUCAUUGCGGCGAGGACGGGUAUGCUCAUGA